AUGGAUACUCGCUUUCAACCUGAAGGCCUAUCCUUCGAUAAGAAAAAUUCUUUCAAUCUUAAUCUCGACAACGGUGACGAUCUACGUCAUUUUCCUCUUCAAGAUGGUCAGCAACUAGACCAGUAUCCUCUUCAGUCUAUCCAACCGCAGAGUCAAUAUUCUCCUCAGCGGCAGCGAUCAGUCUCCCCACCAGGCCCUCGUCUACUCACUCCACAACAACAGGGGCGUUAUGGCCUUCCAUUAGGCCCUCGCCUCUCCGAGCCGCAGCGAGGCCUGUCCAACCCAACGCCGCAACAGCAACCACGCCAACACCUUUCUAUGCCCGUUGAUCAACAAACUCUAUAUCUUCUACAAAAUGGCCAAGCUAGCAGCAGUAGCACCUUGGUGCAUACACCUGCUGCGUCUGAUCCACCCGAAGCAACCUCCUUCCCUGGCCUAGUCGAUGCUAAUGGCUACUCUCUUGACAACAAGAGAAAGACGCCAGAAAUCGACAUACACUCAAUUGAUCUCGAGAAACAUAAGAACGAUGGAAGUCACUCGGGGUGGGACAAACAUACCAAAGUCCCGGGCCGCAAAGAUCCUAAUCAGCCGUAUCUCCCCUACGCGCAGCGACUCAAGCAUUUUACUUGGGCUUGGUACACUCUGACUAUGGCUACAGGCGGUAUUGCAACUCUCAUUGCUAUCCAGCCACACGCCUUCCCAGGUCUAAUCACGAUUGGUGCUGUUUUCUACAUCACCAAUCUAAUAUUUUUCACCAGUAUAACCACGGCCAUGAUUAUUCGCUUCAUCAAAUUCCCCGGCGCUUUCAAAGAAUCAAUCACCCACGAACGCGAGGGCCUGUUCCUUGGGCCAUUCUUCCUCUCAAUUGCCACCAUCAUUACGGGUACGCAAAAGUAUGUGAUCGAAUCAUACGAAAUGAACCAUCCUAAUCGGACUUGGGCCAUAACCACGAUUUUCGUGGCCUUCUGGGCCUACACCUUCGCUACCUUUUGUCUUGCUACCUUUCAGUAUUCGUUCCUGUUCUGUCGCCAUACCUACAAGCUCACCAGCUUCAUGCCUUCAUGGCUCCUACCAAUCUUCCCGGUUAUGCUUUCGGGUACCAUUGCUUCGGUCAUUGCAAGAGAUCAGCCACCGGCAUCGAGGAUGCCAAUAAUCGUAGCAGGUCUUGGAUGUCAGGGUCUUGGCUUCACUGUGGCUAUUCUGAUGUAUGCUCAUUACAUCGGUCGCCUCAUGCAAGUGGGGUACCCGGAUCGCGAGCACCGCGGGGCAAUGUUCAUCGGUGUCGGUCCGCCUUCUUUCACAUGCUUGGCUUUGAUUGGUAUGGCCGAUGCUCUUCCCGAUGAUUUCGAUUUGCAGGGAGAUGGUCUUCUCGACGCGAAGCUGCUUCGAACCAUGGCUCUGGUCGUCGCGCUGUUCCUCUGGGUUUUAGCAAUGUGGUUCUUCAUGAUUACUCUUGUGGCUGUUAUCAACUCAUGGGCUGUCUACUUCCACUUAGGCUGGUGGGCUAUGGUGUUCCCCAACACUGGCUUCGUCAUUGCUACCAUAUCCAUCGGCAAGGCACUCAAGGACGAAACAAUUCUCUAUGUCGGUAACGGCCUAACGAUUGCCGUCAUCACAAUGUGGUUCUUUGUGAUUUUCAAUCACGUGAGAGCCGUAUACGUCGCCGACAUUAUGUACCCUGGACUAGAUGAGGAUAUUGCAGACCACUAG